CUGUAGUAGGAAAGCGUUGCCAGCAUAAAUCUCCGGCUUGCUGGCACUGACUACAUUUAUUCCCGUCAGUGUGAGUCAGUCGAACUACAGGCAGUCGUACAUCCAGCCUGUUUCUGCCAGCGUAUUAUCGAUCCAUCGCCGCUCUUCCGCAAGGUGUUUGGCACUGCCUACUACUGAACCACGCAAGCUCGAUUUAAUCCGGGGCAGCUAGUAGAUUGCCUGCUCACGCUGUCAUUCGGUGUUGUGGUAGUGCUUAAAUUCCACAAUGACGAUUGACUUCUUCCAUUGAGUCAUCACCUGAGCAACGCGGAGCCUGAUCGUGGUCCUUCCUGCCCCAGCGCAUUCCCUACAAACGCAGUACCAUAUCUUCUCAUUAUCGGACUCUUGAUCUCUGUAAUAGUCCCAGCAAGCAACGGGAGAUUGUGUACGAAAGGAAAAGGAAGUACCAAGGGCCGCACCGCAAGGCGAUGAGCGAGCGCGCUCCCGACAAAAUAAUGGAUAAGCUAAAGCGGAUGAAAUGCUGCGUCCGGCGUUGGUGCAAACGCCGGAGGACGGGCAAGGACGCCAAACAAGGACUCAAGGGCGCCGUCGAUAUGGAAAGCACGUGUUGGGUGAAACCAUGCCAGAAAACACCCUCCUUGGGACGCAGCGGGGCGGGCGGACGGAGAAGAUGGACGAAUACGAAACGUAUGUGCCGCGCGAUCAACUGGCGCCGCCGUUGCGUAGCGGUUUCCAGGCUCGCAAAAAGAGGUUCACAUCCAACGUGCUUUAUCCGGUUACGGGUGAUAUCCUCCUGCGCAUGACUUAUCACCGCUGCUGUGUAACAUUGCAAGUACUGAAAGCACGCAAUCUGAAAGCGCCUAACAAACCCGGUUACUCCAAUCCCUACUGUAAAAUUCACGUGGUGCCGCCUGGACGAGCGGAAAACACAUACAACUACCGCACGCGGUACAUCUCGCAGAAUGUGAGUCCCGAAUGGAAGGAAACCUUCACUUUCCAGGGCAUCGACCCCGAUGAGAUUAACCACAAGAAAAUCGCGAUCUCCGUAUGGCAUUAUAAUCCGAUGUGGGUUGAUAUUUUUCUCGGCGAGGUCGUCGUAGAUCUCAAAGAUCCAAUCAACCUGGAUGAAACAAGGCGCUGGUAUCAGCUAAAUUAGGGUGUGCCAUGGAACCGGACGAAAUUUUGCAUUCUUAACGUUAAAGCAAAGAGGGUGUGCGUGAGAAAUUAUUAUUUAACUACGAGUGAUUUGUGCAGUGAGUAGUGACGCUGCUUUUCUUUAUUGUAUAUUGCAAGUGGUUCUGAAGUUCACGUACAUGUACAGCGUACGACGAAAUGGUCGCAUACCCAACAUCUCCACAUUCAGUACGUAUGCAGCGCAGUGCACUGUACGACUAACCAUGGAUAAGUUCAAAAAUAAUAUCCGUUUCGUACAAGUGCACUGCACCGCUUGCGUACAGAAUGCUGGGUAUGGGGCUAUGCGACCAUUAAUUUAGUCCUACAUUGUAUCUAUACUUUAUUAUUAAUUAUGUUCUGAAUGCUUGUCUGUUUGUUACUUGGUUUAUAUUAUAUAAUUUUUUUGACUGGAUUUUGGAAUGAGCCGGGUUUCUGCAGCUUGAUAUGAUGAAAAUAAUUUCUGACGUUUUAUGUUAUUAAACUUAUGUUUUGGCUGUGCAUUCCGGUCCGCGGUUUUUAAUCUUUUGUUCCUUUAUGAGAAGUUGCACUUACCUAACUUCAUAGCCCUGAAAGUGAUAAUGAAUGUUCUCUAAAGUAGCGUCAGCGUUCUGUUUUCCGAUGAUAUGUCGUUAUCUGCGGGGGCUAUUCUAAAAAAAACUAGUAC